AGCGCUCAGGAUGAAGAGGUAGAAAUCGCUUGGUAUGAAAAGGCACUAUCGUACGUAUAGCUAGAGUUUGACUAAACAAAAAUGAUCCGGUUUCCUGAGUUAGAAUGUUACUAGGGCGGGAAUAUUGGAGAACAUUCUAAUUUCAAGUUUAAUGGUGAUUGAUACAGUGAGAUCAUUAAUUGAAUCGAAUUAAAAAUUUAUAGUUAAUUGAAUGAGCAUUAGCUAUAUGAAUGAAAUGUAACUGUAUAAUACCUAACCUAUACAGUUUAUUAUGACAAGUUAAAGACAAUUAUCAGUUAUCUCAAACUGUUAAAAAAUCUUUUAGGCAACAUUUAAGUGAAAUUAGAUGGGUAUGAAAUACAUCGGCUACAUAUGUAUUCCAGGAAAGGUGAAGCAUUUAUGUAUUUAAAAUUACUAAUAUAAUAACACAAGUUUAGAAGAUGACUUUAGAAGCUGCACAAAAUGCAGCCCGAAAAGCUGUGCAGUUUGACAGUAACAGUCAACAUAAGCAAGCCAUGUACUACUAUAACAUUGCUAUUAAAUCUCUUGCCGAGUUAAAGGAUCCUGUAUAUGAUCAGAAAGUUACAGAGUAUCGAGACAGAGUAAUAGCAAUACAAACUUUGAUCAAUGAAGAAGACAGAAAACAUCAUAGUGCACAACCUGUACAUCAAUCAGAAAUACAAAGGUGCAUGUUCCUUGUAAAUCAAGCUCAAGAUGCAGAUGAAUCAGGCUUGAAAGAUGUAGCUAUAAAGUUGUAUACAGAUGCUGCUGAGCUUGGACUAAAAUUCAAAACUACUGAUCCUGAAGUGAAGGGAAAAUUAACAGCACUUGUUCGACUGGCCUUGGAUAGAGCAGAAUCUUUGAAAGGUGUAAAAAUAGUUGACAGCAAUGACAUUCUUAAAUCGCUGUCAAAAUUGCCUCCGGUACCGGAAACAAGUCUAGACUUAGAUGUAAACAUAACGUCACCAGAUGCUGCAACUUCUACAAAUUCCUUUAACACUGGAAAACAACCUCGGCCCCCUUUGCAACAUGGCAGCAGUGUUCAUUUGAAAGUAAGCGGUGGUAGUAGCAGUUACUCUGAUGAGGAGAAAUGGGUUUUGCAUCAUAGUUCUCAUAUUAAUGAUCAUAAGUUUCUUCCUUUUAUGAGUAUCGAUCUUACAGAGAACUUUCAUUUUCCCCUUCCAUUCACUGAUAAAGACGGUUUACUAGAACUAGCACCAAAGCAGAAACCAGACUUUGCAAGAUGGGCACGUCCAGAAGAAUUGUUUUCUGAGCCAACUAUGCUUAUGACUCAUCAUGUUGAUUAUUACAGCAUAAAACAAACUGUUGUUUCUGAUUGCUCUUUCGUUGCGUCUCUUGCCGUUAGCGCUCAAUACGAAAGAAGAUUCGGACGCAGACUAAUUACAUCUAUCAUUUAUCCACAAAAUAGAAAUAAAGAACCAAUUUAUAAUCCGUUCGGAAAGUACAUGGUGAAACUUCACAUUAAUGGUGUUCCACGCAAAGUUAUAAUAGAUGACUUAUUGCCUGUAAGCCGAUACAACCAAUUACUUUGUUCCUACUCUAGCAAUCAUGGUGAGCUGUGGAUCUCGUUACUCGAGAAGGCUUAUAUGAAAGUAAUGGGUGGUUAUGAUUUUCCUGGCUCCAACAGCAAUAUAGAUUUACAUGCUCUGACCAGUUGGAUACCAGAAAGAUGGGCCAUAAGACCGGAGGAACCAGAUUUUAAUAAGGAUAACUUAUUUAACGUUUUAUUAACACGAUUACGUAAAGGAGAUGUACUAGUGACAGUAGCCACUGGAAAGUUAUCUGAUUUAGAUGCUGACAGGACUGGGCUUGUACCCUCUCAUGCAUAUGCAGUUCUUGAUGUCAGGAAAAUAAAUGAUGAAAGAUUACUGCUACUUAAAAACCCUUGGUCACAUUUACGAUGGAAGGGAAAUUAUUCUGAACUCGAUACCGUACAUUGGACUAAUGAAUUGAAGGAAACAUUGAAUUAUGAUCCAGAUUCUGCCUCUCAAUUUGAUAAUGGUAUAUUCUGGAUCGAUUACGAUAGUAUCUGUCGCUUUUUCGACGUGUUUCAUAUGAACUGGAAUCCAGGUCUAUUCCAUUACACUUACUGCAUGCACCAAAUGUGGAAUGCGGGUGUUGGUCCAGCGAAAGAUGCGUAUAAUAUAGGCGAUAACCCGCAGUUUUUAUUAGAGGUGCAAAGCAAUGUUACAGGUGCAAUAUGGAUUCUUCUUACAAGACAUAUCACAGACAUCGCAGACUUUCGGGAAAAUCAAGAAUACAUAACAGUAUUAGUCUAUAAAAAUGAAGGAAGAAGAGUAUAUUAUCCACAUGAUCCGCCACCGUACGUUAAAGGUGUAAAAAUAAAUAGUCCACACUAUCUUUGCAAAAUAAAACUAGACACUCAAAGCGACACACGGUACACUCUAGUCGUUUCGCAAUAUGAAAAAACAAAUACAAUAUAUUACACCUUACGCGCGUAUGGCACAUGUCCGUUCACGUUACGCAAGAUGUCUACCUUUUACAAAUAUGAGAAAGAGAUUACUGAUGGUCAAUGGAACAGCGUUACAGCUGGCGGAUGCGUCAACCAUCCGACGUACCAAAAUAAUCCACGUUACCAAUUAUUGUUAGAAAGUUCAACUAAUGAGAACUAUCUGUUAAUUAUAUUAAAGGGUCCAAAACAAUAUCAAAUAGGAUUUGACGUUCUGUCGGUAGUAUUAAAUGAUCCCGAAGCGCCUGGAGCGUUUAAAAUGAAAGACUCUGGUCCAUUUAGGUCAGGGUUCAUCUAUCUCGAAUUGGACAAUGUACCAGCCGGAACAUAUAAUAUUAUUCCAUCAACGUACAGUCCCGGCCAGGAAGGCCCAUUUUUCUUAACAUGUAAAUCAUCUUGCAAACUGCAACUUCAACGGUUACAAUAACCGAAAUGAAUUCUAGCAUAAAUUAUUGUUUUUGUAUUUAACGAAGUUUUGAUGGUAUAUUAUAGAGCUGUGCAAAGCACAAUUUAUACACCAAUUAUAUAUUUAAAAAAAAGAUGUUAUUAAAUAUUUAUAUUUAUUAUUACAAUAUCUUGAAUAUAUACCAAAGUAUACAAGAUAAUGUCAUUAAUGGUGAAGUGAUUAAAUGACGAAAUACUAUAAAAUGUUUUUAUUUUAUAUUUUUGAAGUACAAAUUAGUAUUGAGACUAGACAACUACUGACUGUAUUAUGAAUAUUUUUGUGGCACUUUAUUUAUAAUUAGCAUUUAUUUUGUGUGGUAUCGUUUGGCACGUAUGCAGCUGAAUAUCAUUGAAUAUAGCUUCUCAAUAUUUCAAUAAACUAUUCAAUAUUCUUUGUACUGUUUUUAUGUACACACGAAGAAUGAGAGUGAAUUCGAAUGUUUUGCUUUAAUGAAUUAUGUCAAAUGAAUACUACGCGGAAUACAUAUUCUUUAAAAAUGCAGUGUGAAUACAAUAUCUAUUUUCAUAAAUGUAUUGUUAAUGUUUUCUAUGAGAUUUACAAAAGAAUGUUUCUCGCGUUUUUCUUGAUAUAUAUAUUUCACGUACUUCGCUGUAUUUUGCACCUAUUGUGUAGAAACAAUGUUCUUAAACAUUAAUUCUGAAUUGAUCAGAAUCAUUUCUUUUGAUUACAUCACUGUAUUACAUUAUCUUUGUAUUUGUUCAAACAGAGUCCAGUGUUUAAUAUCAUAUAUGCGUUAGAACGUAAGAUCUAAGGUGCUACUUAAACAAUUUAAUUUAUAUCUGUAUCUCGGAUAAAACAUUUGUAUGGUUGUGAUAUUUUCAUCGGUUUAUAUCUAUUGAUGUAAUCGUUCGUGAGUUACCGGUUACAGCUUGAAAUGUAAGCGAUUGAUUACACUUAUAAUUACUGCUAUUUAUAAUGUUAUUGUAUCGUUAAUAAUACAAUAAUAAUUGUAAAUAAAUAGUUGCGUGACCUGUAUGAAAUCAUGGUUUAUGAAAUAGGAAUUACAAUGAAACGUAAAUAUAUUUACAUAAUUGUUGACAGAUAAAUUAUAAAAAAAAAUUAUGAACAAUUAUACAAAUAAUAUACAGAAACUCAAUGUUAAUUUAAAAUGAAAUUGUUAAUAUAACUGCAUCGAGUGAAGCUGCUAAAAUGUAACAGUCGUCGAGACUGUGAAUUCUCGCCUUGUAACUGUGGUCUGGUUGCACGUAGAAGGCACUAUUGUCAAUAAUUUAGAUAAAUAUCAUUAUUAAAGACACAAAAGAUAUCAAAACGGCA